AUGGGUAGAAUAAUAUUGGUUACAAUUGUUUGCUGCUUAUUCAUCUGGCAUGGCUUGUUGUUAUCUGGUGUUAGUGCUAAAAAUACACUUGCACCUGGAGAAUACUUGUUACCGUUUGAUGACGAGUACUUGGAGUCAUCAAAUAAACUCUUUGAGUUAAAAUUCCUGAAGCUACCCGGCUCUAGCUCUGCUUUUAGAUGCUUUUUGAGUAUACAGUGGGCUGGUUAUUUGGUCACAUCCACUUCUGAACGAAGAACAAUUUGGGUUGCUUGGCUAGGUGAAAGCGAGACUUAUGUCGUUCCAGAAUUAAAAAUGGAUAGAGAAGGCCGGUUGUUGAUAUAUGGUGAACGUGAAUUCGUUAUAAACGAUGACCAGCAACAUCCAUAUGUUAUGAACACAACAGCAACUCUACUUGACACCGGCAACUUAGUGUUGCAGGGUGGGGGUCGUACGUUGUGGCAAAGUUUCGAUCAUCCCCCUGGUAAUAUUUGGAUUCCAGGGAUGAAAUUGGGCUGGUUUGGGCUACAAAAAACUCCUCAACUGCAGCAGCGUUGUCUCACUUCUUGGACAAGUGAGGAGAACCCUUCUCCUGGUGCUUUUAGCUUGUGUGUUGAUCCCAACAAUACCAAGCAGCUAGUUGCCAUGCGAAGAGGGAUUGUUUAUUGGCACAGUGGGGUCUGGAAUGGAUACAAUUUUCCAUUUCUUCAAGUCAAUUCCCAUCUCAGACCAUAG